CUCCCCGGACAUCGCAGCGUGCCCCUGCGGCGCUGAGCCCUGAGAAACUUCGCACCCCAGGGAUGAGCAGCUCCAGGAGGCAGCGAGGUGCCCGCCCAGCCCGGCACAACACGGCCCCGGAGCGCCCGAGCGCCUCAGCGCCCUGAUGCCGAUCGCCGGCGCCCACCCGACCCCCGGCAUCCCCCGGCCGGCCGGAGCACAGGUACGAGGCACCCUCGGGUGAGUCGCGGCAGAGCCGGGCAGGGCGAUGCCGCCCUUUAGGUCUUUCCAAGCCCCACGGCUGGAAUCGGGAUCUUCUGUUCCGGGGUGCAAAAGGGCGUCUGCGGAUGCUUGGUAGAGCCAAAGCAGCACCGGGGAGAGACGAGAGACGGCGGCAGAUUUUUUUUCCUCGCGUCUCAUCGAGCCUGGCUGUGCCGCCGGGCUGUACAGAGGCUCCCGCCCGCCACAAUGUCCUCGCCGCUGACCGCGGCCCCGGUCUGGCCGCGGGUGGCAAAGCUGCUCCUGCUGUUGAUCCAGCUGUGCGCCCCCCGAACCUCCCCGCAGCCCCACCGCUGCCCCGGAGGCUGCAUCUGCACCUCCGACCUGCUGAGCUGCAGCCGGCAGAUGCUGCAGCGAGUGCCCCAGGCACUGCCGUCCACCACCACCACGCUGGACCUCAGCCACAACGCCCUCACCCAGCUCCACGACCACUGGCUGGCCGCCCUCCCACACCUCGAGGCCCUGCACAUCAACCACAACCAGAUUCGGGACCUUUCUCUGCGGGCUUUCCACAACGCCUCCUUCCUGCGGCACCUGGACAUGUCCUCCAACCACCUGCAAGCCGUGAAGAGGCACUACUUCGAGGCGCUGGUGAGCCUGGAGGAGCUGCUGCUCUACAACAACCACAUCACGAGGGUGGAUGAAAAUGCCUUUGCCAAGCUGAGUGAUCUGCGGAAAGUCUACCUGAGCUGGAACAACCUGACUGCCUUCCCCUUCCACGCGGUGCAGGGGCUGGGAAUCUACAACCUCCGCACGCUGGACCUCUCCUCCAACAACCUGAGCAGCAUCCCCGUGGAGGUGCUGGCAGCUCUGCCCGAAAACAUCGGCAACGGCUUGUACCUGCACAACAACCCCAUCAGGUGCAGCUGCCCGCUCUACCUGAUGCUUCAGCGCUGGAACCAGCGAGGUUUCAGCUCCGUGAAAGAUUUCUCUGAGGAACACACCUGCAAGCUGUCUGAUGGCGUGCCCCGGUCCCUGAUCAAAUUCCUCAAACACAGCCACAUGUUUGAGAACUGCUCGGCGACUGCCGAAGACGAGCAGCUCUCGCACUUGCAGGUGAUGGUGGGCCAGCCCAUCCUGCUCACCUGUAACGCCAGUAACACCAGCCUGCCGCACACAGCCACCCCCUACAUAUGGAUCACCCCUCACCACGAGCCCAUCAAACAGCCAGGGAACAGCAAUCGCUCCCUGGAGCUCUAUCGCAACGGCAGCCUGAGGAUCGCCGUAGCCAAGCCCUGGCUCUCGGGGGUCUACGUAGGCUUGGCCAUGAACAGCCCCUACAACUUCAGCAGGAUGUGCGAGUUCAACGUGACCGUCCUCUACCCCAAGGCAGCUGGAGAGACCUUCAGCACUGGCCUCACCACCCUGCUGGGCUGCAUUGUGAGCCUGGUGCUGGUGAUCAUCUACUUGUACCUCACGCCGUGCCGCUGCCUGGGCUGCUGCAAGAAGCCGGCCCCGCUCAGCCCCCCGCAGGAGUGCAGCGCCCAGUCCUCCAUCCUCAGCACCACUCCCCCUGCCACUGAUGGGCCAAACCGCAAAGCCAGCGCCAGCAAACACGUUGUCUUCCUCGAGCCCAUCAGGGAGACACAGAACGGCAAGAUCCGCCUGGCCCUCGGUGAGGAAUUCCCCGACCCCAAGCACCCCAAGGUCCUGCAGCUCAAGUCGGACUCAGAGUCCAUCAGCUCUGUCUUUUCUGAUACCCCCAUUGUGUCUUAGUGGGACAGAGCUGGGAGCAGAGCUGGUCUCCUCCAGGAGCUGGAACAGGAUAAUUGGGCAUCCUGAAUUCCUAGCUUGACCACAGCCCACGGGAGUGAUUGACAUCACCCACAACUGCUUCAGCCACGGGCUCCUGGUGGGUUUUGGGCCGCAGGCACACUGGGGCCCAGCAAGAGCGCCCUGCAUAAUCCACUGGCAAUGGCCCUGUUAGCACACAGGUAUCGCUGAUGAACGCAGCAUGCUGGAGAAACACCCCUUCAUUUGGGCACCCGCCCUCCCUAAUGUGACACCAGGCCUGGGAGUCUGCCAUGUCCUCAGGCAUGCGAUGCCCAACCUGACACCACUGCCACAGACCCCCCAGGGCAUGGAAUAGCUGUGACAAGUGGGACAUUGUCCUGGCUCAUGCCAGGGUCCUCAGGAACGGCAAUGCCAGUCCUCUCCCAGCACAUGCCGGUCACCAUCAGCAUGACCUGGCUGGGAGCAGGGGACUGUGAGCCCGUCACAAGUGGGGGGUACACACCCCUCCCCAAACGUGGCCACGCAGGAGGGAUGGGGCUCAGCGCCUGAGCAGCCAGCUUUGCAGCCAAGCAAACCUCACAAGCUUUUGCCUCCCGAGAAGCUGUAAAUCAUCGAGGCAGGAUUAGGUGACGAGGCACAGCGCCCCAGCCCGCAUUGCUCAGAGCUCCCCAUGCCACCAAGGACACUGAGGUCUCCGAUGCACCACGCGCUCCUUCGCUGCUUCUCCUUGAGGCGGACGCGCUGCUCAAGCACAGCUAUUUAGGCAGUAACCUAAUCAGCCUAUCGAUAAAUCAGCGUGCAGCCACCCUGCAGCUCACAGGCGCAGCGGUGGGAGGAUGAGGUCGGAGGAAGCCCC